UAAAAUGGUUAACGUUUGGUUGUUUUCUAACUCGCAAAAGAAAUUAUUGUAGACCGUUUGUUUCAGUCAAUUUAUAAUUUAGUCUCCCAUGGAGACUAUUUCAAAUGUUAUGCUCAAUGGAAUUAUGUAUAAACAUGAUAUAUUUGACCUUGAAAUGACGUAUUGAAACCACCUACGCUUUUCCAUAUUUAUCUUGAAUAUUUAAAGAGCUCCCAACUGAAAUCUUACGACACUUUCAGUUCCGUGUUUGAGAGGCAGACGGUUUAUAAACAGAGUCACGAAUGGGUCCACGAAAUAACGAAGUUGUCGGAAAUGCUGUCAUGAACGGCCAGUUUUACGUUAAAGGUUCCUACUUAAAGGUAUGUUUCCCAGGAUAUUUGGUUAGUUUAAUAUGUUUUAAUGUUUUAAGGCCCUAUAACUGAGAACAGUUAAAUGUCGAAUGUUUGGGUCUGAAGAUCAUGAGUUCAUUUACGUCAUUAGUAUAUUGCUAUACCAGUAACAGCAUACGGCAGUGCAGGUACAUUGAAAAACUCAACACGACCCAAAUACACUGGACAUUACAAUACACCUUGAAUGUUUCAGAUGUGUUCAUAUGUAAAUACCAUAUGGAAUUUUUAAACUCUAUUCGCACCAUUUAGAGAAAACGUAUAGAUUGUUUUAAUAUUGUCACAUUGAUUGUUUUUAAUAUGUUAUUAAUAUUUCUUUGCUACUCGAUAACAACGGCAACGCAAGUGUUGUACAGUAAGACAAGUAAUACUGCGUAUUUAAUUUUAUCAAACAAAUUCCUAUGGUGACAGUUAUGAAGGAUGUGUACAUUCCGUAUAUUAACUCGCUAUUUCCGCCAUUUUAGGGAGCAGUGAGCAGGAAGUCUAAUGUGCAUUUGUCAGCCGAAAGUGAUGGAUUAGGUAAGGUUGUAGUUAAUCAUUAACUUUAUUACUCAACAAUUCAUGAGCAUUUUGCCCUCAGUAGCUGACAUUUAUGUUAUCAUGCAGUAAUAUGUGUAUAAAUCUACACGUGUUCCUGAAUGUUUUGACACGAAAACUUCACAACGGAACGUGUCGUUCGAUAUCGUCACCACGAAGACACGGACUUUUUCUGUGGAAUUUUAUUUUUGAACAAAUAUUAAUAAAAAUAUUAAUAAUGAUUCCAAAAUCGUUUCAAACUCUUAAACGAUCAAAAAUUAACAUGACAAUGUUUCUUUUAAAUUUGAAUGAGCAGGAUGCUUUUGGAACUAAGCUUCAAUGCUCCCCAGCAUGCCAUAAUUUACUUCUGUUUCAUGCCAAGCUACUAACGUCUCAUGUCAAUUUGCUUAUGUCAAACCGCUUGUGUCUCAUGUCAACCAAAUGAACCCAUAAUGUACCCUAAAUGCGCCACACUUAAGUAUUUUAUUUUGUCUUAUGAAAGAAGGUUUUAUUCCUCAAGGAAAGGUGUUGGCUUUAAUGUGUUUAUUAUUUCAUUUUGUCUAUUGUUAACUUUAUUGUGAUGCAAUACAAGCGGUUCCGUGCUGUACGGUCUUUUUGUAGUGAGGAAUUGCGCUUCUUUGAAGGAAAUUCUGUAACACAGUAAUGACGUUACAAAUGGGCCUUACGCCGGAUUAGAUCAUACUGACAGAGAUAGCUAUGCUGUUUUGACACUAGUUCUAUUGUUCAAAUGAUUCUGUAGAAACCGUCAAAACUUUUCCUACAGUGUUAAAAGGAAGUUGAAAUUUAACAAUUGAAUAACAUUGGCUGGCUGUAGAACAUCAGACGAGUUUUUUUUACAGUCUCCCGCGUCCCCUUCCCGCGUUUCCUCCUGCAGUAACACUGCGCAAAUGACCCGGCCUUCAGGGAAAACAAUUUAAAUUAUAACUGGUAUAUCAGUGAUAGAGCUAUCCACUGUAAACAAAGUGAAUUAACUUUUCUUUCAACUUUCGUUACAGUGAGACUUCAAAUAAACAAUCCAGUUGAUUCAGGACGAGCUGAGGAAGAUUGCGUUGAAACGAUAGUUCUUAAGCAGGACUGGUUGGUUUAUUUAUCUCAGACUGUUGGCCACAGUGUCUCGUUGGUGCUGGUGAAGACAACAAAACUUUCUGAGUGCAUCGUUCUUGAAGCCAGGAAUGAAAACAUCGCUGUGUUAAAAGUGAUGGAGACGAAACUGCGAGAAUUUCUUAGAGGUAUGAAUACGCAUGCGUAUAAAGAAGCACAGACGCAGCACGAUGCUCACAGCUUAUAUGAUUGGAGCGGGCCGUUCAGAUUUGACUUACACUACCGUUACUAUUAAGGGACCAUUAACCAAUCAGAUGUGUUUGAUAUAUCCGAUUAACCAAUCACAUGCGUUUGAUAUAUCCGAUUGACCAAUGAGAUGCGUUUGAUAUAUCCAAUUAACCAAUCAGAUGCGUGUUAAGCCAGUGAGAGAUAGCGGUAGUGGAAGUCAAAUUUGCCACUGAGUUAAGCUUUGUAGGAUGAGGAUAGGGAUUUAACCAUUCAAUGGAUUUAACUAACUGACGCAGUAUGUGUACUAUAAUUGACCAAUUAUGUAACUAAUUACUCAGUUACAGUUACGUCACCGCAUAGACUUUAAUAUAAAUAGGUGACCGUGAGCUUAGUUACCUGUUGAAGGCUAUCAAGGUCUGAUCGCUCGUCAAAUAUUUGGUCAGAGAACGUUUGAAUUUAAUAUCAUGUCGUCUGGUUGGUUCUCUCUUGAGCUUUAAUCAUUUUUCUCUAGGUUUCAUUCUUUCGCAAAAACCAACUCAGAAGCUUGCUGACUGGAAGUAUUUUCAUCCAAUCACAAUGCUCGACAGUUUAUUGUAAUUAGAUUCAGGCAUUUGUAGCGAGCUUGUGAGUUGGUUUUGGCGAUGAGUGGAGCCUUUAUUCCUUUUCUUCAACGUAUUUUAGUGAUAAACUUAAUUUUUCUUACUUUUGGACAACUUACUCCACAAUACUGACGGUUUUUUCAUCUUCUUUUUAGUCAUAACGUACGAUGUCAAAGUGCGGGACACAACCACAAAAAAUAAACCAUCUGUCGGUGUGCUUCACAUUACAAGAAACAAACUAGUUCUUAUCGCUGGCUUGCCACCAAAUCACUCGACUCUUUUAGACUACACAUUUGCUCCUUCUAAGAACGGAAUAACUUUGGCACUUAACGAAGGACUGAGCUUUACUGAGUUGCCAAAUAUCGUGGUGUUGAGUGAUCAGACGGAUGAUAUCUGGAGGACCAUCCAGGCUUGCAUGCGAGCAGUGGGAUUUUGUGAACCUGAGGAAGGCCAAGUGAGGAUAGCGCCUUCAACAAGUGUGGAAGAUAAAGAAAGUUUGUGGUUAACGUCAAUGAAAUGUUCAAUGAAGACACAGUAUGUCUACUAUAAUUUACCAACAAGGCCAUGCAAAUAUAUUUACAUGAACUUACCGGACAGAAGGAAGGCGCCACAUUUAAACCAUGAAUAUAUAAAUGUCUUUCAUGUCGGGUCUGUUUAUCAAAACUGUUGGCGGAGUUGCAUAAAACCGAAGGAUGAAGACGACACUGAAAUACCCCCUCCCCCUCCACCUAGACAAAAACCACCGCCCCUCCCCCCUAAGCCACGAAACAGACCACCUAACUCCCCCCUACCUCCUCUACCUGUUCCUCUACGGACUCCACCAUCGAUACCCUUACCCAAACGUCCUGAUGACCCCCCAUCGCUACCUCUGCCACGACUGCCUGAAAAGUAUGUCCGCAAGGAAAUACAAUAUGUUGUUUAUUCGUCAAAACCUGUCAUGGGGCAAAUAUUUGUCAUUCAAGUUGUUUUCUUUCAAAAGAAUGAUUACGCGACACUUGAGGUACGUCAUGCAGUCAAAUAAAUGUCUGAAUUUUACCUGUUUUCUUUCAAGGAAUUGUCAUUAUUUUCUCACUCUUAAAUAAACUGCAGGUUGACCACCAUCUUCUGCACAAUAGUACUUAGCCACGUGUCAAUAAAAUUCUUAUCAUUCUGUUGCAGAGAAUUAAAAAGCUGGAAGAAGAGGCGAACUAUCAAGUUCUGAAGCCAUUACCAGACAGUAUCAGCGUUAGCGGUGAUUUGAGGAUAUCGUUGUUGGAUAUUGACGAAAGUUGUACACUGAAGAGCGAGAGAAAUCAAGUAAGUACUGAGCUUUUGUGUUGCCUGCAUUUGGGCGGGAAGAAACCUCUCCAAUUACCCAAUUUAUGCCGGACUAGUAGAGACAUGCAGCAUGAUUUCCUCGACAAGUUCCCCUUCUCGUGUGUACGGUGCACAAGUUUUCCCUGACAAGUUUACCUUCAUGUGUGUACUGUCAACAAGUCUUCCUUGACAAAUUUUCCUUGACAAAUUUAUCUUCUCGUGUGUACGAUGCACAAAUUUUCCCUGACAAGUUUACCUUCAUGUGUGUACUGUCAACAAGUCUUCCUUGACAAAUUUUCCUUGACAAAUUUAUCUUCUUGUGUGUACGAUGCACAAAUUUUCCCUGACAAGUUUACCUUCAUGUGUGUACUGUCAACAAGUCUUCCUUGACAAAUUUUCCUUGACAAAUUUAUCUUCUUGUGUGUACGAUGCACACGUUUUCCUUGACAAGUUUACUUUCUCGUGUGUACUGUCAACAAGUUUUCCUUGACAAGUUUUAUUACACGGGAUGUUGUUAAACAUCUCAUGUCAAGGUCACCUUGCCAAAACCAUAGAAGUAUUUCUUGCACAAGUGUUCCCUGGCGGACGUACACACGAACAAAACGUCCAAGUUUAUAUGUUUUUGGUAGUUGUAUCUCUCGACACCGAAAUCCAGUAUCCCAAAUCUAUUUCGUGAAGUGGACUUUUUCGAAAAAUCCCUAAACGGCCUUUUCUUUCCAGGUGAUUGAACACGAAAUCGUGAAAGAAGCGAUUCUUCAAUCAUGUUGGCUCAUUAUUGAGUUUCAUUUGGAGCACAAUGACAAGACGAGGAGAAAUUUUCAUAGUAAGAUUGUCAUGCAACCUAAAUCUGGUUUAAAACCCAGGUCUUCUCGGACGAGUAAAGAUGUACAAAUCUCUACAACGUUUCAGGUAAGAGGCUGGUUUAUACUAUAAUAGUUUCUGUGAUCACAGUAGGAAUUUUGCAUCGGUAGAUUCUAAGUUUUGAAGGAUUUGUAAGAAAUAUUUGAGGAAUACUUAGUUAUCUUUGUUCUGUCUGUAUGCUUAUCAUGACAAUAGUGAAACCGCCCUGUAUCCAACUGUGAGAUACGCCUCUGUUUUUUUGUGAAGUCUAACAACAAAUAUUUUUGUUCUGCAGGAUGUUGUUCAAAAUGGGCUCCACUCCCCUACGCCUGUGGUAUGUAACUCACUAAAGAGUAUUGGAGUGCGAAAAUACCUCGAAGUGUGUGGUUUAAUGGACAUUCCUUGCGCUCUGCACAACGACUGGACGGGACUCGCUGGGGAGAUUGGCCUUACAGUUGACGAAGUAUUUAAAAUACAAAGUAAAGCUUGUUUUCCAAACUUUUCACCCACAAACGAAGUGUUAAAUAUUUGGUCACAAAGACAGAGCAAGUCUUGCAAUAUAGACGAGUUUAAAGUGAAGUUAGGGAACUUGCAACGAGGUGAUGUUCUGGAAGUGUUGGACGAGUCUGACAGCUGAGUUGUGUUGCGGUACAGCUCACAAAACACUAUCGUGCAACAGAUGCUGCUCAAACGACAGUUCCCAGAAUGAGGAAAUGUUCAUUCUUUUCAUUAUAUGUAGUGGCCUUGUUUUAGAGGCCAAUGAAUAGAAUUAAGGCUAGGUUUACACUAUACCAAAAAGCUUUCCAUAGCGGCGCAAAAAAGCAUCUAUCCCAUACGGAAUGUUACGUACAACUUUCAGAAGCUGAGCGAAACAACAUCUCUCCGUUGCAAAUAAUUCCUCUGAAAAUAGCUUUCCUAAAAGAUACGGAUAGCUGUUUUUUCACGUCGCUAUGGCAAGCUACCCGGUAAACAUAUCCUAAGAAAUACAUUUUCUUGUUCCGAUAAAUGUCGACGUUUCUGCGUGGCAGAUCACGUUGGAAAACGCUGACUUUCAAUAAGUAAUGUUUCAACUGUGUUUUAGUUCCGUUUCAGCAUAUCAAAUAUGCAAAUAUGUACAUAUAUUAUUUACUCGUAUAUUAGGUCUGCAAUUUGUUCAAUGAAUAUCUUGACAGGUCUUAAGUAAUGUAUCGACAAACUUUUCAUAAAACAUAAUUUUAUCCCUCGAUUUGUACAGAGGAUUAGCUAAUGAAUACACAAGUAUUAUAUAGACUAAAGUAUGUUUUAAUUAAUUAACCACACAAGAUAUUAAAUAACAUUUGACACUACUUUGUACAGGUUGAAAUCUCCUUCCGCAUCGAAGGACUUCCUCAAUGACAUGGGUAUCAAGCUAGUUCCUGUCGAGUACUCUGAAAGUAAAUCUUAGAUUAAACAUAGUUCCUUCUUGUUAAAAAUAACACUUUUGCCCAAUUAUCAUUGUUUUGAUAGGGAAAUGAGUUAUUAAAUUUUAAACUAAUCCAUUGACUUCCGCCGUUUGGGUGGCAAAUUUUUAAAGCUAAACUAUAAUUUUCCCAAGGUUUACUUCGAUAUAGCUCGAAAUGAUCGCUUUGAUUUAUCACGAAAUUUUUUCUAGGAAACUCUGACAGACUGUCAGUGACAGUGGUUUCCUGUCCAAAGUGACCAACAUUAAUUUGCCACCCAAUAAUGGCGGAUUUUUUAGACUGACGUAAACUUUCCGCGUGACUGGAAGACUGAAUACACACAGGUACAAGGAUUCGAUUCCGUAUUGUCUUAAGACUAAUGAUUUAAACUCUUGAUAUUCUCCCACGAUAAAUUUUUAUGUUCUAUAUUUUUUCUGCCAACCAAAUUGCAGUUCGACAUCCGAGUUGUAUGACUUGCUUCAUUGUGGAAUAGAAUGGGGC